AACAUGCGAACCAUGUCGUAAAUUCAGGCCAAGGUUCCGAUGGUUAUUUAUUGCAUAAUAUGACGCGCUGACCAUUAACUUCCUUUGUUUACUUUUGCACUUCUUCGCUAGCUUCGCUAGCGUGAAUUUAAUGACAAACACAUGCUUGCGCAAAUGCGCAAACGUUUCCUAUUUAUGCUUUCGAUUCCGGUUGACAUCUUUUCGGACACAUGUGUUAUGUGUUUUACUACAAUUCGCCUGACCACGCAUAAUAAUAGAAUUUAGGUUGUAGCUAGUUGUAAGAAAUAAACGAAUUGAAUAAAAGGGAGUCUGACCCAGUUGGGCGGACUCAGUAUGAACGCGUACGUGAAAGUCUUUUCAUAUAACCGAAAGAAACUACUGGGUGUCCACAUGGCGAUCCUGCGACCUGCGACAUGGCGACCGAGACCAGGACUAGUGUGAUCUGUGCGGUACUAAGGGUGAGCCGGAAAGUGUUGUUGUGCGACUGAACAGAAACCAAUUAAGCAAAUUAAGGUGCAAACAGUGAUCUACAAAUUUAUUUCUCUCGAAAGAAUAAAGUGAGUGAUAGACGUUGGUCAAAGAUUGUAGUGAAAGAAGAAGAAAAUUCCGACAAUGAAUCGCUUGUUCCGGAUUGAUUGAACAAUAAAGACAUGCUGUCGAGCAUAUACAGCAAAGUGGAAAGCAUGUUGAAGGAAAAUGAUUCCUGCACGGAGUCGGUUGGAGAAGCUCAUUUGUUUGUGCCAUCGUUGUCUGCUGAGAAGUUUGAUUCACGAUCGAUGUUUACGUUGAACUGCAAGUGCUCUAAUCCUUAAAGAGUCAUUAACUGAACAAACCUAUCCUUACAUCAGAACCACCGAGCCGUCGGGGCCCAGCGCGAGACAAAAAGACAAAAAAAUUAUUUUAGCUGGUGCUGGUGAAAAAACAAAGAGAGUGAUUUGUGAUUUGUGAGUGCUGAUAAAUGAGACGCAUGACAGAAUCAGCGAAUCGAUAUUGAAAGCAGCAAAACAGGUGCGCGAGGGCAUGACGCUAAAACACACCACUGGGUAGCCUCAACGGUCAGCAAGGCAUUCCCAUUUAAAGAGGCGUUCCCGCAAUACAGUGAUUCCGUUGGUACUUGCAAUCGUACUGGUACCACCUGCAGCAGUAGCGUUACUUCACCACAGCAUCGCUAAGUGUUACCCCCUCGUCAACAUAGAAGGAAAUCAACUAAGUCAGACAGGAAGCAGCCAUCACAUGCAGAGGUGCCGGAUGGAAAAGCAAGGCGGCAUGGUAAAAUUGUGAACCUCAUGUUUGGCACCAACGUACCAAAGUUGAUUAAUCUUAUCACGGAGGAGCUGGACAUCGAGCUGAAGUGCCGGGCUGGUGAGGUGGAACGCAAGUACUACGAGCUGCACGAGUUGACACCGGAUGAGCAGGAACGAGAGGAUGCCCGAAUCGCUAUCGAAGAGGAAGCCGAGCGGAUUGAGAGAGAAGCUGCCAUUAAGAAACGGCGCGAUUAUAUCAUUCACGUGACGGACGAAAUUAUGACCAACAUCCCGGAUAUGGGAAUAUGUCUUUUUAUGCCACACGUUCACAAGGAUGCGUACAAAAAGUUGAACGAACAUGCGGAGAAGCAUGACCUUCAUUUCAAGGAGAAGCGGUUGGUUCACUUGAAUCCGAAGAUGCUCGAAAUACUUCACUUCGAUUGCGAGAACCGUCUCGAGGAUGAGGUCUUUGAGCAGAUAUUCUACAAAGAUGUUCAGGCAUACGUUUGGAAACUGCAGGACGAUGUAUCACGACUGCCGGAGGACGUCAUUGGAGAUUUCGUUAGGUUCUUAACCGAACCCAAUGAGGUUCUGGACGCAGACGGGAAUGUCGAGAAGGUAAUUCCUCCAAUGAUCGAACCACUGGAAAUGAUCUACAAUUCAAACGACGGAAGCUGGAGGAUUGUGGAGAAGAAACCCCAGAAAAAGAAGGGUUCAUCUGCUUCGAUAAAAUCGCAGAGCGCCUCUUCGAAGGAGACUUUCGACGAGGAAACUUGUCCAAAGAUGUAUAUACCGGGAAUAUGGAGUCCAACCAAUAGGCGCGCAACGGCAGCCUUAUUUUAUCUACUAUUUAGACACCUAACCGAUCAUUUCCUACCGCCGGAUCCGGUGCCCGAGCCGCCCCACAUCUGUAUCGUGUUCGACGCCUACAAAAAGCGCGACGUCUUCGAAGUGGCCGACAAGUACAAACGUGAGGUGAUAUCGUUUGGAUUUUUCACCACCGGGGAUCCAAAAUCAGCGAAGCUGAUUGCAAAAACCACCGAGCGCUACAUUCGGCUGAAGCCGAACGUGAACGAUAAGCUGAUUAUGAAAGUCUCCAAAGCCACUAGCCAUGCCAUGCUGGCGCUCACGGCCGUCGGUCCGUGCUACAUAAGCCAAAACGCCGUUGAAGGCCAGGAAGAAUGCGCCAUCCUGUUUCCACCCAAUUACAACAACAUCGAGGAAGAGGCCGAGGCCGCAGAGGAAACCAAGAAAAAGCACAAGAAGAAGCGGCGUGGGAAGAAAAGCGACACCUCCCUGUCGGCUUCGGAUUCUGCGACUUCAACAACGCCAACCGCCGAACCCGGAGGAGAUGCUCAAGGAGAGGGUGGAGAGUUGGGCACCAUUGGAGAGGGAUCCACAGGGGAGGAAGGCGAGACGACAUCUUCAUCGACAAACUCCCCGGAAAAGACGGGUGGAGCUAGUGAAGAGGGUGGCGAAGAACAGAAGGGUUAAACGAAGGCUUUCUUUCAAUUUCCAAAGAAUAAAUUUUGUAUUACAACAGUCGUUCAUAAUAUCCUGCAUUGCAGCAAAAAAAUUUGCAUCAUAAGUGAUUUAUUUGUACAUUAAAAUAAAUAUAUAUCUGGUUACAGAUAUCGGCGUGCUUAACAAUUUACAUCUAACAUGUGUGUAUGUUUGUUUUCUAACUAUGUUCAAUUUUUGGAAUUCUUUAAUGAAACAAUAAAAUAAUAACAUGUUUCAUUUUUCA